AGCUGUUGGAGAGAUGAAGUAUCCUUGUGGUGUGGCAGUGGACGGUGAUGACAAUAUUCUGGUGGUGGACGAUGCUAAUCAUCGACUGUAGAAGUUCUCACGUGGAGGAGACCUGAUAGCAGCAGUAGGUAGUCAUGGCGAUGGUCCUGGACAGUUUAAGUAUCCGCAAGUUUGGCAGCUAUGGCAGUGGUAAUGGACAGUUUAGCUGUCCCUGGGACGUUGCAUCCGAUCGUAGUGGUUGUGUGUAUGUGGCUGAUCGUGGUAAUCAUCGAGUGCAAGUCUUCACACCCGAUGGUGGCUAUCUGAGGAAGUUUGGAAAGAGUGGCAGCGGAAAUAGAGAACUUUACCGCCCUUUCACCAUCUGUGUGGACAGUGAUGAUCUGAUGUAUGUGGGGGAGAAUGGGAACAAUCGUGUCUCAGUGUUCACGUAUGAGGGAGUGUUUCUCAAGUCGUUUGGAUCAAAGGGAUCUGGACCAGGACUGGAUGGCAUAGCAGUAGACCAGUGUGGUGUGGUGUAUGUGUCUGAUUAUGGCAACAAUAGAGUGCAAAUAUUUUCCUAGUUUAUUUUUGUUAUUAAUUUUAUUGAGUUAUUGUAAC